GCGACUAUUGGCGGCCGCGAUUGGCCAAUCACGCGCCAUCGUUGGCGACGGCGCCAACGGAAUUAAUCGAACCGCAGUCAUGGCAGUUGAGUGGGGAUGAUCGGCACGGCACCGAGUCGCGACCGUACUGCGGAGUAGACGGAGAAAUCAAGAGGGAGAGAAAGAGAAGGAGAGAAGCCCGGCCGACUUCCUCGUAGCUUCCUCGCGAUCGUGAUUGUCGUCGAGUUAACCCCGGCCGAUCGUUUCCACUUGCGCGCAACGUGAAACAACGCGAUGGAAAUUUGGGACAUCUCACAUAAUCGGACCAGUCUGCAGCGGCGGCUCUUCGUCAUCGAGCGAAGUUCACAUUUCUUCCUUCCUGGCGCCACGCGACACAGCUUUAUCUCAGUGAAUGCACGAGGUGGACCAAGCGGAUCGCGGGACGCAGGCCUGAUUGUCUGUCCAUCGCAAACGGGGCACAGGCAGCACACGUAACAGGCACGCCGAACGUGUACCGGAUGGAUCGUCCCGUGUUCCAAGUAUUACAAGAGCGAUCUCCUGCGUGAUGAGACUGUCGAUGUGGGAAAAAAGGCGUGCGCGGAACACACGACCUCUUCUUCGUGUGCCAUCAGGAACGCCUGGGUGUGGCGCCAGAAGAACUCGGAGAACGGCCUUAGACACGACCUCGUCUGAGACUGACAAAAGUCGCUCCGAUCGCACCUCCGGUUUCGGCGUUGGACGAGUAUCUACGCGAGAGGACAAGAACCUGCAUUCUAUUUAUGGUUAAUCGUCGAUCGAUUUGCCUCAGGCAAUGCAAAUGCUUCAAGCACAGGCAUAUAUUUUUUUACAGCUCCGUAACUGUCACAUAUUCUUCUAACUUUUGACAUUGAAUCAUAAAUGAUAACGACUAUAAUAGUCCUGUUUUUAAAUUCUUAUCCUCCAAUACAAUAAAUUUCUGUAAAUAAUUUUUCUUUAACUUCUCAAAAUUGUUAAAUUGUUCAGAAAAAUGUGGUUGUUGUAUUGACUAAAAGUUGAUCUGUAUUUUUUGAAAAUGAAAAUAAUCGCUGAUA